CAAAUGUCACGAAAUUAGAAAUUUAUAAUGAUACGCGAUAGAUUAAGGUUAUGUCGCUUUUUUAUUUUUGUAAAUAACAAAAAGCGCCUAUAAUGGAUGCAGAGUGGUUCGAAAGAAUUGGGCGACCACGUUUUGUGGUUGCUCCUAUGGUCGAUGCAAGUGAACUAGCUUGGAGAUUAUUAUGCAGAAGACAUGGUGCAAUGCUCUGCUAUACCCCUAUGUUGCAUAGUAACGUUUUUACAAAAGAUCCAAAGUAUAGGAAAGAAAACUUUACUACAUGUCCCGAAGAUCGUCCUUUAAUUGUACAGUUCUGUGGUAAUAAUCCAGAAACAAUGGCUACUGCUGCAAUACUUGUGGAAAAGGAUUGUGACGCUAUUGAUGUAAAUCUUGGUUGCCCACAAUCUAUUGCCAAGCGUGGGAGAUAUGGAUCUUUUCUUCAGGAUGAUUGGGUACUAUUGCAACAAAUAGUGACAGCUAUGUCAAAUGCAGUUUCAAUUCCAAUUACUUGUAAAGUAAGGAUAUUUGAAAGUAUUGAAAAAUCAGUAAAGUAUGCUUUGAUGUUACAAGAAGCAGGAUGCAAACUUUUGACAGUUCAUGGAAGAACUAGAGAACAAAAAGGGCCAUUGACAGGUAUAGCUAGUUGGCAGCAUAUUAAAGCUAUUAGGGAAGCCAUAUCCAUACCCAUGUUUGCAAAUGGUAAUAUACAAUGCUUACAAGAUGUUCAUCGAUGUAUAGAUUUCACAAAAGUGGAUGGUGUAAUGAGUGCUGAAGGUAAUCUUACGAACCCUGCAAUUUUUGAAGGAAUUAACCCAAUAUCAUGGGAAAUAGCACUUGAAUAUUUGGCCCUCGUUGAACAAUACCCAUGCCCAACUUCAUUUAUUAGAGGACAUUUGUUCAAAAUAUUUCAUAAAAUUUUCUCAUUUGAAAUUAAUAAUGAAGAAAGACAAUUAUUAGCUACAGCCCAAAAUUUGAAAGAUUUUAAAAAUGUCUGUUUUAAAAUAAGAGACAAAUACCAGCUCUACCAUGAAGGAAAUGCCAACUUUGACGAUGAUGAAAGAAUAACAAGAAUUGCUUUUAAUUUAAUCUUACCUCCAUGGAUAUGUCAACCUUAUGUACGAAUAUCACCUGAAAAACACACUGAAAAAAUGGAAAGACUAAGCAGAGAGCAGCAGAAUAAUAAUAAUAUUGUAAAAAGAACAAACAAUGAUUCUGAAGGUAAUACCAUAUCUAGGAAAAAAAUGAAAAAAUUGAGAAGAAUUUCACGAAGACCAACAAAACCCGAAUUUGACCAACAGAACAGAAGAAAGGGAGAAAUAUGUGUUAAUGAGACUUGUCCUAACCCUCUGGGAGGAAAAUGUAUAUAUCAGCUAUGCAAGAAAUGUUGUAGAAAUAAAUGCUUUGAAGAAGACUUAGAUUGCAUAGGACAUCGAAUAUUGGUACACACUCGACGGGAAAUAGCAAAAAAAUUUGCUUCACAAAAAGAAAAUGAGUCAUUAACAUGACUUAUUAUGUAAACAUUUGUAAAAUCCUCGAAAUUUUUUAUACAAUAAGUAUGUGAAAAAAUUACAUAGGA